UGUGUCCGGCGGGGGAGACAGCACUGGCCAGGCACGCCUACCGCGCCCCCGCCCUCCUCUCCCACCCCUCACGCCCCUCCACACACCCCUUCACACAACUCAUAUUCUCACUACCACAUCAACACUUCUCCUUCCCUCAUCUCUUGUCACCAUAUAUCACUGACAAGUCGUCUUAACGACGGUUCUGAUUGACGAAAAAUUGAGAAAAUUUUGACGGAAGGAAAGUAGUGUUGGCUAGCCUGGGAGUGCAUAAUGUAAACAUGGCUGCCUCGGUGCCUGGGACCCUCAGACUCUCCAAACAUCUUUACUAUACCGGCCGCCCCACGCUGCCACGCCUCAAGGAAAGGAACAGGCUAUGGACAGGAAGGAUGUAUGCUACGCGUGAGGCAAGAAAGGCCGCUAGUACUACACAGUACUGUCUGGAGGUUGUGAAACAAAAUGAUUAUGAAAACUUCCUGUGUGUAUUGCUACUACCACAGUGUGUCCGAGCCACAGCUGUAGCUAUACGUGCAUUCAAUGCAGAAUUAUCUCAGGUAUCUGACAUGACGUCUGAGGUAGUGAUGGCAAAAAUGCGUUUCCAGUUUUGGAGAGAGACCUUAGACCAUAUAUAUCAACAUAAAGCACCUAGACAACCUGUGGCCAUAGAAUUGCAAAAGGCCGUAGCAAGACACCAAUUAUCUAAACGUUGGUUACGAAGUCUGAUUGAUAGUCGCGAGGACCAGAUUGACAGUAAGCAAUUCACCUCAUUAGCAGCUGUAGAGGACUAUAGUGAGAAGUCUAAUUCCCCGCUGUACUACCUCAUACUCCAAGGAUUGGGAAUUCAAAAUCUUCAUGCUGAUCAUGCUGCUAGCCAUGUGAGCAAAGCAGAGGGAUUAGCAAAGCUACUUCGUGGAGUUCCACAUCAUGGAGUGAAGAGGAAAGUGUUUCUCCCGUGUGAUGUUAUGUUAAAACACGAUGUUUCUCAAGAAGAAGUCAUACGUGGCAGUAAAGAGCAAAAAGUGAAGGAUGUAGUAUAUGAUACAGCUAGCCUUGCUCAUCAACACCUUAAUCAUGCACGAAGUCUUCUGAAGAGUGUCCCUAAGGAUGCGAGAGUUUGCCUUCUUCCCAGUGUUGCUGUAUCCACUUAUUUAAAUUCUUUACAAGAGGCACACUUUGAUGUGUUUGAUACCACUCUUCAUAGACGCAAUAACAUGAUCCCAUAUUCGUUGUUGUGGGCUAGACUUUGUAAUAAGUACUAGAAAUAGAAAAGCCUUUUGAAAGAUAAAAUGGACAGUAUUUCUGUUUGAAUGCUCUAUAUUAAAAUUUUUAGGGAAAUACAAAAUGUAGAGUAUAGUUAUUAAUGUAAAUAAAAAUACCUUAUAUGACUAA